AUAUAAAUUUUACUAUUACUAAUUUUGACAAAUUUGAAAAAUUAUUAAGUUAAGUGGGCACUACAGUAUGAUGGUUGGUGUAAAUCACUUAAUAUCUGUAGGACACGACUUUGGAAAAUUAUUGUUUGAUUAUCAUUCAAUUUUUCCAAUGAUGGCAAAAUUCCUUUAAAAAAGAUAAAUGUCUACUUUCAGGUGUUUUUAAAGCAGCUAUAUUAUACUUCUCAAAUUCGUCUUCGUCAAUUUUUCUUUUACGCGAUGCAGGCUGGUAACGUGGCAUGACAGGUUGCUGGCUUUGUUGGGUUGAGGUGCUUGGUCUUAUUUCUUCAUCGUCAAGACUUGAUGUUGUUUUAUUUUGAGAAUUCUUUUUCAGAAAUAGGAGCUGGUCGUAUAGAUGAUAUUGUUUAAUUUUUUUGGCCCCAGCUCCGGAUUUACAUUGCUCGUUUAUUUUUUUUUCGUAUUUUGUAAAAUUAUCCUUGAUUCCUCUCCAUUUCUUUAUGACAUCGUUACCUAAAACAAAUAUGACGAAUAAUGAUUUAUUGUCUUGUUUCAGGUACCUGGCGACGGGAAAUACUUUUAAAGAUAUGCAUUUCACAUAUUAUCGUGGAAAAUCUACAAUAACAGGAAUAAUAAAAUUUGUUUGUCGUAUUUUAUGGAACAUUCUUAAAAGGUUGGAAUUACCAAAAAUUACAACAGAGCUGAUGGAACAAAUUGCUCAAGAGUAUGAAAAAAAGGCCAACUUUCCUAAUUGUAUAGGAGCGCUAGAUGGAAAACACAUUCGUAUAUUGAGCCCGGAUCACAGUGGAUCCCUAUUUUUCAAUUAUAAAAAAUAUAAUUCCAUUGUUCUAUUAGCACUUGUUGAUACGAAUUACAAAUUUAUGUAUGUCGAUAUAGGUGCAUAUGGUAAGGAAUGUGACUCCACUGUUUUUCAGAACUCAAAUCUAUACGACUUAUUAAAAAAAGAUCAAUUAUCUAUACCUCCGCCAAAACCGUUACCUGGCUUUCAAAAAGAAAUUCCUUUUGUCUUCGUGGCGGAUGAAGGAUUACCACUGACAAAUAAUAUAAUGCGCCCAUAUUCUGGGAAGUUUUUAUCGAUAGAAAAACGAGUUUUUAAUUACCGUUUGAGCCGAGCCAGACGAUAUGUUGAGAGCGCUUUUGGCAUACUCGCAAAUAAAUGGCGCAUAUUUCAUCGACCCAUUAAUUUUUCUUACGAUUUCACAAUAGACAUUAUAAAAGCAUGCUGUGUUUUACACAACUUUGUAUUGAAUCGAGAUGGCGCACAAACGUUUGAAGAAAUGAUUAUUGACGAUUCUUUGCAAAUUUUACACGAAACAACACAUAAAAGUAGAACAGGAGCUAACAUAAUCAGAAACUACAGAAAUUUUGUAAUUAUUUUAAUAGUAACAUUGGAGGUCUUAGUUGGCAGUUAACAAAAAUAUAAA